ACUGUAGUCCAACAGCUACAGAGCCAAGUUUGGGAAAUCCUGCUCUAGACCUUAUAGAAUAUACUUCCCUUCCAUGUUUCACCAGUGAUUUUGGCCUUUGGUUUCUAAGCGCACCAAGAGCAGUAUAGCUAUUUCUAGAUUUUAUUUUUAAUUAUUAUUAUUUUUAAAAAAGAACCUCAGUGUCAGUGUUGCUUCAGUUUGUUUAUCCCACAUGUUGUUCAUUCUUGGUCUUUCACUGACUUCCAAGCUGUCGAGUUCCAAAAGUAACACAAAACAGCUACAUGGGGUAAAAUACCUUCUCACAGAAUGUGCUGGUGCUGAAUAAGGAAAAGAUUACAGUAUACUUUAAUCCACUGAUCUUGGGGCCUUUUCAUUUGACAACUGAAAGUGGAUUUUAAGUGUUAAACUUUUUCAGUGCCGGCUCACCCUUAUAUGUGUUUCUAAUGCAUACAGAAAGUAGCUUUAAAACAAAAUUAGCUGUGGAUUUAUAAAGUGCGCUCACUUAAAAAGUCUCUUUACAAUGCACACAAUUGCUAAUAGGAAAAUGGCUGGAGGGUAGUCAACCUGUAAUAUAUUUUAUGCAGUAAGAACAUUGGGUGCUGCCUUUCACUGAGUCAGACAAUUGGUGCAUCAAGUUCAGUAUUGUCUAAGUUGACUGGCAGUGACACCAGGAUUUCAGACAUGGGUCUGUUCCUGUUUCCUACCUGGAAGUGCAAAGUAUCUGAUCUGGGAUCUGCUGCAUGAAAACCAUGUGUUCUUUGGCUGAGCUACAGUCCUUUACCUGAAGGAGAUCUAUGUCACUUUGAACAAAUCCAUUGUGGGUGCAAUAGAGUAGAACCAAAACACGGCUUGCUGACUAACUUGAACAUGGAACAGCAACACUCCCAGUCUGUUGUGGCUCCUACUUUUCAGUAGGGGUUUAUGCAUCGAGAUGCAUUUUGAUUAUAACAUUGUGGUUUUGUAAGGAGGAAUCUUGAGGGUUUUAAUGUUCCAUUGAAAAGCUCAGGUGUGAUGCUUUGUAUGAUGGUUAGCAGAGGUUUAGGGUUUGUUGCAUUAAGGAUUCGGAAUGCUCACGCUUCUAUCAUCCGGCAUAGCUGCUAUCAGUGGCCUUCUGAUGGGUUAUGAAUUUGGAGUUAUCUCUGGAGCACUUCUUCAGCUAACUAGCAUCCUAGUCCUUUCAUGCCGACAACAGGAGAUAGUUGUAAGUGCUCUUCUCAUUGGUGCCUUUCUCGCUUCGUUGACUGGUGGGAUCCUGAUCGACAAAUAUGGGAGGCGAGUUGCCAUUAUGCUGGCAUCUGGGUUACUUGUACUGGGAAGUCUAGUGCUGAUACUCUUUGCCUCAUACGGACUCCUCAUAAUAGGGCGGAUUGUGAUAGGCGUUUCCAUUUCACUCUCCUCAACCGCAACUUGUGUGUAUAUCGCAGAGAUUGCCCCGCAGCACAGAAGAGGCUUGCUUGUGUCUUUGAAUGAACUCAUGAUUGUAGUGGGCAUACUUUUUGCCUAUGUUUCAAAUUAUGCCUUUGCCAGUGUUUCCCAUGGCUGGAAGUACAUGUUUGGCCUGGUCAUUCCAGUGGGGAUUCUACAAGCCAUUGCUUUGUAUUUCCUUCUGCCAAGUCCCCGUUUUCUCGUUAUGAAAGGCUUCGACGAAGCUGCCAGCCAAGUGCUUGGAAAACUCAGGACAACCACAGACACCACCAAAGAACUUGCUAUGAUCAAAUCUUCCUUGAAAGAUGAGCACCAGUACCGUUUUUGGGAUCUGUUCCAUUCAAAGGACAAUAUGAGGACUCGGAUGCUGAUAGGAAUCACUCUAGUGUUUUUUGUACAAACAACAGGACAGCCUAACAUCUUGUUUUAUGCCUCCACUGUUUUGAAAGCAGUUGGGUUUCAGAGCAAUCAGGCAGCUAGUUUGGCCUCUACAGGUGUUGGAGUGGUCAAGGUGGUCAGUACGAUCCCAGCCACCCUUUUCGUCGACCAAAUAGGAAGCAGGACGUUUCUCAUUAUUGGCUCAUCCCUCAUGUCUGUGUCAUUGUUCACCAUGGGAUUGAUCACGCUUAAUAUACAUGUGAAUGCCACUGCUGUCUGUAGAAACCAGUCCUGGGAAGAGGCCACAUUCCACGGAGUGGGACAAUUGACCUCCACAAAUGAAACUCUUGAAGAGCAAUUGGCUAGCCUGGCUUCAUCCAGCACACUUUCACAAUGGAAGGCUGAUAUUUCUAAUACGGAAAGGUGGAACAAGACUGUGUCAGUGGGAGGCAGAGCCCCCAGCACAAGCUACACAGAGUCUCAGGUAGCAACAGAACCUAUCGAAGUUCGAUCAGCUCUGAAAUGGCUCUCUCUGGCCUGCUUGCUUGUUUACAUUGCUGCUUUCUCCAUAGGACUUGGACCAAUGUCCUGGCUGGUACUGAGUGAAAUAUUUCCUGGUGGGAUCAGAGGAAGAGCGAUGGCUCUAACCUCCAGCGUGAACUGGGGUGUUAAUCUUCUAAUCUCCUCGACCUUUUUGACUACAACAGAUCUCAUUGGUUUACCGUGGGUCUAUUUCAUUUAUGCCAUGAUGAGCCUGGCAGCGUUGGCCUUUGUCGUUUUCUUCAUCCCCGAGACAAAAGGAUGUUCCCUAGAGCAGAUAUCUUUGAAACUGUCAAAACAAAAGUAUGCAACAAGUACUCAAUGCUGGAGGGGCCGACGUCAGGAUCAACUGAUGCCUAUAGAACUUCCCAACAAAGAGGCCCAUGAACAAUUUUACUAAGACAGGAUGGUGCACAAAACCCACAUCAAUAUAUUUUUUAAAGGAUGACAAAAUGGUAGAAUACUCAGAAAUGCUGGCAGUACGUUCAUAUGCAUAUUCUUCUACUAUAAAUCAGCUUUUCUGUAUUUUUUUGUUCAAUCAACUCUAUAAAAGGUUUUUCAUGAAGUAACACACAAAUCUCUCAAAUAUCACAUUAUGGUAGGGGAACGGGAUAUACCAGAGAGAAUCUUCCACCAGUGGUUUAGAGCUUGUGAAUCUGACCAAAAUGUGGGCAUUCGUUGUUGUUGUUGUUAUGGGAUGGGUUGUUUUUAUUGUUUUUAUAUGCUACAACUCACCCAGGAACCUUAUGAUGAAGGAUGGGCGAGAAUAGUAAUGAUAAUAUACCAGGUAUGGGCAAACUCGGCCCUCCAGAUGUUUUGGGGCUACAAUUCCCAUCAUCCCUGACCACUGGUCCUGCUAGCUAGGGAUCAUGGCAGUUGUAGGCCAAAAACAUCUGGAGGGCCAAGGUUGAGGAAGCCUGGUUUAGCAUAAUGACCAAACUAAAGCACAGCAGCCAAACCAUGGUUUAGUGUUAACUGAAUGAGCCUGCUCAACCACCUCCCUCUCCUCCAGCACAUCAGUGAAGUGGGAAGUAUCUGCUUUCCAGUUUGAACGCACCACAAACUAACCAGUGUGGCCCUGUUAGGUUGUAACAGUAAACUAUGAUUAGUUUAAAGGAGAAAGCGCAGGAGGGGAGGAAAUGCACGAGCACUAAAGUAGGAGGUCCUCAACAGGCCUCUCUACUGUUUCUUGAAAGACUAUGGGCACACUUGAACUUUAGCAGACCUCAGGCAUAAGGGGUUACAGCAGGAAUGGCUAGCCUGUGGCCUUGCAGUUCCCCCAUCCCUGACCAUUGGGCAAUUCUGCCUGGGGCUUAUGGAAGCGAUGAAUCCAAAAUCAUCUGGGAGGUCACAGAUUACUUAACCCUGGGCUACAACUUCUCAAGCAAAUAUCAAGAAUGAUAAAGUAUACUUCCAUGAUGGCAUAGGCAGAUCACUCUUAAAAUAAUUAUUUGUGAUUACUCAUAAAAAGUUAUAGUUUAACAACUACUGUUGUGCUCAAUGACUGCUGCGUCAACCAAUAAGCUGUAUUUUCAAACUAUUUUAAAAACUUCAGUAGGGAAACAACAUCUAUGGCCUAGCAGCCUUGAAAGACCUGAUCCCCUUCUAUCUUAAGUAGGAAGUAGCCAAAACAGAUAGAAUCACAGAAUUGUAGUCCUGCCCCUCCAGUGCAGGAAUAUUUUGCCCAUGAACCUGAGAUUAAGAGUCUCAUGCUUUACUGACUGAGCUAUCCCAGCUGUUCAAGUGUACUUGAAACACUACAUGUUUAGCAGAUAUACAUUAUGGCUUGGUAAAAUGUAUGAAUUUUUGGUACUUUUAUUUAAGUCUGAUUAGCAAAACACAUACCGUAAGGCUGCAAGUUGCACUGGCUUUGCUUAUGAAAUCACAACUUUACAUGGGGGUGGGGAGAAUAAAUAAAUGGAAAGCCGGGGAAACCCACCAUUCUCUGCUCUCCAUUUAUCUGUGCACCCAGUGGGCUUUCCUUGCUUAAGGGAGGGAGCAAGAGGGCUCUGGGACAGUAAGUAUGGUGGCAGCUUCCUUACCAGCCUCUAGGAAGGAGGUAGGAGGGCUCUCAGGGUCCUCCUACGACUCUCCCAGACCCUGGUAAGCGGCCCUCUGCUUCUUGGGGUGGGAGGAGUUUCUGGGAUUCCUGAUUUUGUGAUUUGGCCUUUGCGCAGACCCGUGGUAUCAAACUCUGUCGUAAAUGGUCAGCCCACUGUCAUGAAAGUCAACACAUAUCAAGUAAGCAAUUAAGGCAUUUCCCCUUAUCAGACUUGCCAAAUUGUCUCCCCUCCUAUUUCACACAAGGAAUUCAAUGCUACAGCAAAACAAAUGUUCCAUCAGCACAAGAAAUUUUUGCCCAGUGAAACAACCUUCACUUGCAUGCUGUUCUGGACAUAGCAAAAACAGACAGACCUCAGCAUAACACUCAAAAUGGAAGCGUAACACACGAAACAGAGCAUGUUCGGCUUCCGAAAAAAGUUUGCAAACUGGAACACUUACUUCCAGGUUUGCAGUGUUUGGGUUCCACGUUGUUUGAGCACCAAGGUACCAAUGUAUUUAGUUGAAUCCAGUCCACAGUGGCAGUUUCUGAUUGUUGCAGCCUUUUCUCACCUUCUACUAGAAUUAUGGCUAUAUUUCUCCUGAUCACCUAGUUCAUGUGUCGCUAUCUAUUUGAGCGCAUGGCACUUGCUUGGAGAAUACAUUUUUAGAGAACUUUUUAGGGCUGCCUAUCACGAACAAGUUGAUUAUUCUGUAUCCAUAUCCCCCUCCAAGAUUCUCAUUAUAUUUCGCAGUAUUUUGCAAAAAUAAAAAAGGGCAGGCUUUCAAUAGGAUUUUAUUUACAGUACUCCACUGAGUUUGUUUCAAUGUGAAGUACAAAUCUGGAUAAUGAAG